CAUCAGCCCGAAAUGUCAACUGUCAACUUCUGAUUUGCAAUAUUUGUGGUUAUAUUUACACUUUUUUCAUUAAAUUCUAAACUAAAUACAAACCGUGUUAAAUGGCAGGCUUUACCGAAUCGGCUUUUAUCAAAAAACUAACCGAUUUAAACAAUUCCUCGCAAAGUAUCCAAACAUUGUCUUUUUGGUUAAUUCAUCACAGAAAACACUACAGCACAGUGGUGAAAUUAUGGGGCAGAGAACUGGUCAAAGCCAAGGACAGCAAAAAACUAACAUUCAUGUACCUCGCAAACGACGUGAUCCAAAACAGCCGCAAAAAGGGGCCCGAAUACGGCCAGGAGUUCGGGGCUCACUUGAAAAAGGCUUUCGAACACAUGUCCGACGCCGAGGAGAAAACCAAAAGCAGUUUGGAACGAUUAUUAACGAUUUGGAGCGAAAGAGGGAUUUAUAACGAGACUCAAAUCACCGAAUUUAGGAGCGCAUUAAAGAAAGAGGGUCCUCCGGCGAAAAAAGCCAAAACCGAUGGAAAGCCCCCCAAAGAGAAGAAAAAGUCUGAACAUGAAGUCACAGUAGAAGUGGACGGGAUGGUGGAGACGCAUGUGCAUUUGAGUCCACACACGCCGGCCGGGGACCCCCCUGAGCCCGAGGAACUGAUCAAAGCCAUCCAAGACUUGGAGAAUAACAUCGCGUCGGCGGAUGAGGGGGUGAGACAACGGAUUGCCCAAUUGCCCCCUUCGGUGACUGAAAUUUCGUCAAUAGCAAACCUACAAGAUAAAGAACAGGCGGAGAAAUUAAGUCAACAAGUCAACGAAGCUGUAACGUUACUAAAUGAGUACAACAGUCGACUCGCCACUGAAAUGGAACAUCGUAAGAAAGUUUCGUCUAUGAUUAGGGAUUUUCUUCAGGUACAGCAAGAAUUGUUGGCUCAAGCUGAGCAAAAUUUAGAGGAGUAUCAAGAUAAAUUAAUCAAAGUCUAUAGUGUUCGAAAUGAGUUGAAAUCUCACAUUCAGAAUUUACCCGAUUUGACGCAACUACCGAACGUAACCGACGGGUUAGCCCCGUUACCGUCUGCAGAACAUUUAUUUAUGCCUUAAAUUGUGAUUUUUCACACCGUGUUUAAGUGUCGACUGGCGUUAGCUAAAUUUUAAUCAUAUUUUAGUUAUGCAUAAUUAUAUUUAUUCAAGCACAGGGUGCGCUAGUUUUAAUAGUUGUCAAAGAAUUUUUAAAUAAAUUUGAUUUAUUGACAUGCA